UGUAUAAUUAUAACUUGGUCUCUUAUUUUAAUUUUUCUAUCUUAAUAAAUGAAAAAGAUUAUGCAUUUAAGUGAAACAGAUUUCAUUGAGGAAUCAGGGGGGGUAAUGUUAAUUCCUAGAAGCAGAAGCAAUAAAAUCAUAUUAAAGCCAAAAUUAAAGGGACAAAGACAACAUGGUUUAAUUGUCUGUCCAGUUAUAUCCAUGAAGACAAUGCUAUAAGCAAGUCUAAAGGAAGAAGAGGAAUCAAAUUAAGAAGAAAUGGGUUCUUCUUCCAAUUCAGUAUUCCAAUGUUUCCUCUUCAUGAUGUUCAUGUUCCUGUAUGGAAACCAGCAGGUCCAAGCAGCAGCCGCAAAUCUGUUUAAUGUGCUGCAAUAUGGUGCCUCAGGUGAUGGAAAAACAGACAACUCCAAGGCCUUUACUAAUGCAUGGAAGCAAGCUUGCCAGAGUGGAGGAAACAGUGUGGUUUUGAUCCCAUUAGGGACAUACCUGGUGCUUCCGACUGUUUUCCAGGGUCCAUGCAAGGGUGCCAUCGCGUUUCAGGUCAAGGGGGUGCUGAGGGCUCCCACCGACGCAGCCUCACUUCACCUUGACCAUUGGAUUUCCUUCCGGUACAUUGACAGAUUGACAAUCACCGGUGGUGGCUCACUCGAUGGCCAAGGUGCCUCAGCUUGGCCUUACAACACUUGCCUUACAGAUCCUAAUUGCCCUCCUUUCCCUGUUACACUGAGAUUUGAUUUCGUGACCAAUUCAUGGAUCAAUCACAUAACAUCAAUCAACCGCAAGAACUUUCACUUCAACAUUUUCGCUUCCACAAACAUUAGAAUCCACCAAGUCAACAUAUCAGCACCUGGUGACAGUCCCAACACAGAUGGAAUCCACAUAGGAGACUCCACUGGGAUCCAUAUUUCGGAUUCGGAGAUAGCCACUGGAGACGAUUGUGUUUCCAUGGGGCCAGGAUCCCAAAACAUCAACAUCACGAAUGUUCAUUGUGGUCCGGACCAUGGUUUCAGCGUUGGGAGCCUGGGGAAAUCCCCCAAUGAAAAAGAUGUUGCUGGUGUAACUGUGAGAAACUGCACCUUGACAGGAACUCUUAAUGGUUUGAGGAUCAAAACAUGGUCUCCGUCUCAUUCAAGCAGAUGUUCUGAUGUUACAUUUGAGCAUGUUAAUGUCGAAAAUGUUAACAACCCAAUUUUCAUUGAUCAAAACUACUGCCCAUCUCACAAAUGUGGCCGACAGUGGGAGUCAAGGGUGAAGAUUCAGGGUGUUAGGUUCAGAAACAUAUGGGGCAGCUCAAGCUCGAGAAUCGCUGUCAAUCUGCAGUGUAGCAGAAGCACACCAUGUGAGAACAUUGAGCUUAGGAACAUAAACAUAGAUUACAAUGGAGGUGGAGGAGGAGCAACAGCAGCAGCAGCCGCCUCCUCAUGUUCUAAUGUUCAUGGUGUUGCAUAUGGACAACAACACCCUCCCUCUUGCAUGUGGAAAUCGUUUUCCACCAUGUCGGCCCAAUAGUUCCAACUGUUCUUUCUCAUCUGCAGGCCAAACUACAUAAUGAAAAACUUUGAAAUUCCAAUCAAGUAUUGAAUACCUUACAUUCA